AUGGCUAUAACCUGUUUGACGCCAUUGGAACUGAAUAAUAGGCCAUCUGAAGUGCAGCCUACACCAGAACAGGCUGUGGAAUCAGAAAAUCCUAUCAAUGGUGAUGAUGAUCCUCCGGCGACCGCUGUCAAUGCUCUAGAGAGAUGGAAUUAUCCCCGACACAACAUCACUCGUCUCAUAGCCACCUUCUGGAGCUUCAUCGUGUCGGGAGCAAAUGAUGCUGCUUAUGGUGCUUUGAUCCCUUAUCUGGAAUCCUAUUAUGGCCUCAGUUACACUAUUGUCUCUCUGGUAUUUCUGUCUCCUUUGGGUGGAUAUGUGCUUGCCGCAUUGUUUAACAAUCGCAUCCACAACGCCUUUGGCCAGAGGGGAGUCGCGCUGCUGGCUCCAGGAUGCCACUUGAUCGCGUAUAUUGUCAACUCUCUGCAUCCGCCAUAUCCAGUGCUGGUAGUCUCCUUCAUCUUUGCAGGAUUCGGAAAUGGCCUCACGGACUCGGCUUGGAAUGCGUGGAUUGGCAAUAUGGCCAGGGCAGAUGAGAUUCUGGGUCUCUUGCACGGGUUCUAUGGUGCUGGCGCGGUGUUGAGUCCAUUGGCUGCUACAUCGCUCAUCACGAAGGCCAAUUGUCCGUGGUAUUAUUUCUACUAUAUCAUGAUUGCAUGUGCCGCGGUCGAGAUAGUACUGUGCGCAGCUACCUUUUGGAAAUCCACGAGCGCCGUAUUCCGUCAAGCUACCGCACGAUCACAAAAUGAGAAUCACAAGGGCGGCCUGCGACAAGCGUUGUUCACGUAUCCAUCGUCACGUGUAACCUGGCUCUGUGCCUUAUUCCUUCUGGGAUAUGUUGGAGUCGAGGUCGCGCUGGGAGGAUGGAUCGUGACUUUUAUGACCCAAGUGCGACACGGACCCGCAUUUGCCAGUGGUAUGACGGCCACUGGUUUCUGGCUCGGGAUUACAGUCGGCAGAGUGGCGUUGGGUUUUGUGACGCCUCGCGUGGGAGAGAAAAUCUCCGUUUCGGCUUACAUUAUUCUAUCGAUUGCAUUUGGCCUCAUCCUAUGGCUAGUCCCCCAGUUUUACGCUUCCGCCGUGGCCGUCGCCCUGCAAGGUUUCUUUCUGGGCCCGCUAUUCCCGGCGGUGGUGGUGGUGACGACAAAACUCUUGCCACGGCAUUUGCAUGUGAGUUCGAUCGGAUUUGCUGCCGCAUUUGGUGGGGGAGGCGCGGCCGUGCUUCCGUUUGCCGUGGGGGCUAUUGCCCAGUCGAAAGGGGUGAAAGUGCUCCAGCCGUUUAUUCUGGGGUUGUCCGGGGGGAUCCUGAUAUUAUGGCUGGGGUUGCCGCGGUUGAGCAAGAUCCACCGGGGGGAGUAA